GGGUGCGCCGAAAACACACUAGAAGCCUACAUCAGCUGUAUUCUUAUACAAUCCAAGGUCAGGGCUCUCUGAAACACGCAAAGAAAAAUAGUGUUUUCGUCACUGCGGGAAUGGACGCUGUUCAAGAGCUCAUUGAGAACGUUAGGCAGGCGCAGGUGGAUGGCAGCUCCCGCGCGGUGCCGCUCGUCUCGGCCACCGCAGCCACACGUCGCACAAAGAUGGUGUUUGUCUACAGCGACGAAGACGAAGAUGACGUCCAUCGUGGUGCCGACGACGCCGCACGUGGAACGGCGGUGAUGCCGUGUGAGAACCACGCAAUCCCUCUUUCCGAGGACGCGCUGGCGGAGCUGCGAGCCGACGCACACGCCAUCGACGCGCCUCUCCAUGCGUUAUCUGACGGUGCAAAUGAAGAAGAUGCCGAUGGGAUGGGCAACUUAUUUUUCCAGGAGGAUGUGCUGAGCGGGUUGGGCGCAGCAGCCUCGGCACCCGGUCUGACCUCGACGCUGAUGCAUAGCUUAAGCUCUGCGUCAUCUGGACGAAUGCACGUGCGCGAGGUGGACGCACCGGCGCUGUGGGACGGCGCUGUUGCCUCUGCCAACACCGCAGCGGAUGGUGCGUCGGAGGCGAACGCAGCCGCCGAGAUGCCGGCACUACUGCGACGUGGUCUUCCAGCUUCCACGUUUGUGCUGAGGUCGCGCCGCAAGCGGUUUCGCGACCCCGACGGUGAGGUGGCGAGCACGGCGCAACCGUUUUCGUCAGCACCCGCAGCUGCCACACAAGUCUCAUCCUCGGUGGGAGAACCUGUCGUCUUCUCCACGGGAGGUGCUACGGAGGCAGAGGAGUCUGAGGCUGUUCUCGAGGAGCUAGAUGUGUUACCUGUGUAUGACGAAGACGGCAAGACGGUGCGCGCGCUGCAGACACGUGGUGGGUACCAGCUCACGUUGGACGAGCGCGAUUUGCUUGAAAACGCAGACGAGGCGGAUGAGGAGGACGCAGUAGACGGUGCAGCUGACAGUGCAGCUGAUGACGCAGCGGUCGAACCCUACGGUGAAGACUCGGCUGAGGCAGUGGAGGACAACGUUGUCGAGAGGCAGGAAGGACCCGACGCGGAUGCAUCGGACGUCCUCGCCGCACCCGCCGCGGAGGAGUGGGGAGACCUCUUCGAUGACAGCAGCGACAACGAAGACGAGGAGGAAGAAGAAAUCGAUGAAGCGAUCGUUGUCGCGGUCGCAGAGCAGCUAAUGCGGUGCUGCGAGGCUGACGACUUGGACUCGCAGAUGAGCUGCGAGGCAACUCGCUUCGUUGCGGCCGCAAAACCGCUUUUAAAAGAUCUUACGGAGGAGGCGAUUACACCAAAAGAGUUUGGACAGAAGAUUGAUCGCGACCUGCGUCGGUUUCAGCGCGUUUACCGCAGCGUGUACCGCCCACGCGACUCCCCGAUUGUCAUUGAUGGCGUCGUCAUGGAUAUGUAG